AAAUAAAAUUAUUCCAUAUAUAAACAGACACAGGCAGCCUUAAACCAAAACAAACCCCGGAGUAUCUGUUUGUAGUAAUAACAUGACGGAGCAGCUAACAGAGGAACAGAUCGCGGAGUUCAAGGAGGCUUUUAGUCUAUUUGACAAAGAUGGCGAUGGUUGCAUCACUACCAAAGAGUUGGGGACAGUGAUGAGAUCUCUGGGACAAAACCCAACUGAAGCUGAAUUGCAGGACAUGAUCAAUGAAGUUGAUGCUGAUCAAAAUGGAACUAUUGAUUUCCCUGAGUUUUUGAAUCUGAUGGCAAGGAAAAUGAAGGAUACUGACUCAGAGGAGGAACUCAAAGAAGCUUUCAAGGUAUUUGACAAGGAUCAGAAUGGCUUUAUCUCUGCUGCAGAGCUUCGACAUGUGAUGACAAAUCUUGGGGAGAAGCUGACUGAUGAAGAAGUGGAAGAGAUGAUCAGAGAAGCUGAUGUGGAUGGUGAUGGCCAGGUGAAUUACGAGGAGUUUGUGAGGAUGAUGCUGGCCAAGUGAUGGGAGACCUUUGUUUGUUGACCUUGAAGCAUAUAGUUUAUUAGGCUUUGUGGUAGCUUCUUGUGUUUGAAUGGGAUGAUACGUACUUUCAGUUUCUCUUGCAGUCUUUAACCUCUUAUGCUCAGAUAGUCUUGUGUUUGAAUGGGAUGAUACAUGCUUUCAGUUUCUCUUCCAGUCUUUAACCUUAUGCUCAGCUAGUUUCAUACUACUAUGCUGUUCUUAUGAAGUUCAUCUUUCUUCUGUGUUAA